GGGAGUUCACGUGUGACAUCUGUUUCAAGUCGUAUGGUAGACACAAAACGAUGAGAGAUCACGUUCGAAGAGUUCACUCCUAAAUAUUGACUGUACUAGCUAUCACCCGCGGCUUCGCUGGCGUGACUCAAGGUACGAAGAUUGAGGAAACAUCGAUCGCUCAAGACGAACCCCGGAUGAAGAAAUCGAUCAUCACAUUCUUCAAGAAACCAAAAUCGGAAAUCAAAGUUGUUGCCACAAAGAAAGGCAGGUACCAGGCUGACAUGAAAGAGAUACUCCUCAAUACGAACGCCACACCGAUCCGUUGCAAAAUGGGCAAAGGGUACGCGUGCUGCUUCUGUACAGACCAAUUCCCCGAACCUCAAGACCUGAAGAAACAUACGUUAGAGGAACACGAUGAAACAACCAAAUCAGAAUUCAUGAGAGGGGCUACAUUACACAAUUUCAAUGUUAAACUAGACAUAACUGAUUUGAAAUGCAAUUGCGGAGCCGAUUUGCAAGACAUCGAUGACCUGAUCCAACAUUUAGAGGUCGAACACAACAAAGGGAUCCAUGCUAACAUGGUGAAACAAAUUAUCCCCUUCAAGUUCAACGACGGAUUGCGAUGCGCGAUUUGUAACCAUGAGUUUAAUUACUUCAAAUUUUUAAUGGAACACAUGAGUGUGCACUUCAGGAAUCAUGUUUGCCAGAUUUGCGGCGCGGCGUUCGUCAACAAGAAGACUUUCAAGUCGCAUUCAGAUAGACACGAAACGGGCAGUUUCCCGUGCAAAGUUUGUUCCAAAGUUUUUGAUACCAAAGUUAAGAAAAUGGAGCAUGAAAGAGCAAUCCACGUGUACAUGAGCAAAAGGAACAAAUGUGCGUAUUGUGGGGAGAUGUUCGCUGACUAUACGAAGAAGCAGGACCAUGAAGUUAAGGUCCACGGGGCUAAGCCUGUGGUCUUGGCAUGCCAGGGUUGCGAUAAGACUUUCGACAAUCAGAGGGCUUUGACGGCCCAUUUCAAGACCUACCAUUUGAUGCAGAAGAGGAAGUCUGGAGGGAAAAAAUAAAAACUCAAUUUUUUUCUUAA